AUGUCCCGCCUGCUGCACGCGGAAGAGUGGGCCGAAGUGAAGGAGGUGGGGGACCACCACCGCCAUCCCCAGGCCCACCACCUCUCGCAGGCCGCGCCGCAGGCCCCUGCCAGCCUGCAGGCGAGGGAGCACCCGGUGUAUCCGGCCGAGCUGUCCCUCCUGGACGGCACCGACCCACGCGCCUGGCUGGCGCCCUCUUUGCAAGGCAUCUGCACGGCGCGCGCCGCCCAGUACCUGCUGCACUCGCCCGAGCUGGGCGCCCACGAGGCCGCGGCGCCCCUGGAGGAGGCGGACAGCCGGGGGGAGCUGGGAAGGAGGACCGGCGGCGGCCUCAGCAAGAGCCCGGGGCCGGUGAAAGUGCGGGAACAGUUGUGCAAGCUGAAAGGCGGCGUGGUGGUGGACGAGCUGGGCUGUAGCCGCCAGCGAGCCCCCUCCAGCAAGCAGGUGAAUGGGGUGCAGAAGCAGCGGAGGCUGGCGGCUAAUGCCCGGGAGCGGCGAAGGAUGCACGGUCUGAACCACGCCUUCGACCAGCUGCGCAAUGUUAUCCCGUCCUUCAACAACGACAAGAAGCUGUCCAAAUAUGAGACGCUGCAGAUGGCCCAGAUUUACAUCAACGCGUUGUCCGAGCUGCUGCAAACGCCCAGCGGCGGGGAGCAGCCCCCCCCGCCGCCAGCCUCCUGUAAGGGUGACCACCACCACCUCCGCGCCGCGGCCUCCUAUGAGGGCGGCGCGGGCCCCGCCGCAGCCACAGGGGCGCAGCCGGGCUCGGGAGCCGGCCCGCGCCCUGCCCCGCCCGGGAGCUGCCGGACUCGCUUCGCCGCCCCAACCCCCGCGGGAGGUUACUCUGUGCCGCUGGACGCUUUGCACUUCGCGCCUUUCGAGGACGGCGCCCUGACCGCGAUGAUGGGGCCCAAGAACUUAUCGCCCUCGCUGCCGGGGGGCAUCCUGCAGCCGGGGCCCGAGGACGCUAGCAAAACCUCGCCCCGGUCGCACAGAAGCGACGGGGAGUUUUCCCCCCACUCCCAUUACAGUGACUCGGACGAGGCCAGUUAG